UGCAUGGCGGUCUGUAUAAAAAGUGAUCCGGAACUGUCGCACUGACUGUAUUGAAGUCUGUGCCGAACGCGCGUGUCUUGCGCAUGGCCAUGAGCCGUGAUAGGCGAGCAAACUGAAGCCUUACAUUAGUAAUGAGGGAAUCUACAGUGCGGCCGCUGAUUCCGAUGUAGAUCUAUAAAUGGAAAUCGUCAAGUCAGAUUCAGCACUUGUUUUCUCUCUCGGUGACUGAAUCAGUUGUCUCCACCGCUUUGACGCGAGCAGAUCGCUCUCCACAGAAAUUACGGUUUGUGAGAGUGCAGCGUUUAAUCAUGAACGCUACCUUGGACGGCCCUACUGGAUCAACACCAGCUUCGCCUGAGGGGUUCUACGGCCGUAUCCCCGGGGCAGUCUACGAUGUCACCGCAGUCUACUUGGGUCUCCUCACCUUCUUCGGUAUCUUCAAUAAUGGACUGGUGCUGGUGUUGUACGCUAGGUACAAGACGCUACAAAAUCCGGUCAACCUGUUCCUAAUCAAUAUCUGCUUGGGUGACCUGAGUGUGUCUCUUUUCGGAAGUCCGUUCACCUUCGCCGCUAAUGUCGCCCGCAGGUGGUUAUUUGGUGCCGGCGGCUGUACCUGGUACGCUUUCAUCGUCACGGUGUGUGGAACCGAGCAGAUUGUGUCAUUGGCCGCCGUGUCAGUCCACCGAUGCUGCCUGGUUGUGCGUCCCUUCACUGCCCAAAAGAUGACCACGCGCCUGGCCUUGCUAUUCAUUGCCCUGACGUGGGCCUACUCCUUGAUUGUAUCACUGCCUCCAGCUAUAGGCUGGAAUUCAUACGUCUUGGAGGGAACCGGAACAGCAUGUUCCGUAGACUGGACCUCCAACGAACCGGGCGACUCGUCCUACAUCAUAUUCAUUUUCGUCAUGGUUCUGGUCAUUCCAUUUUCGCUGAUUGUGGGCUCUUACACACUGCUCAUCUAUGCCGUCAAAAAGGAGCGGGUUAAUGACUCCUAUCAGGGAGGGGGUGUGGAUGCCAGCUGGGGUUGA